AUACGAGUCAAAUCUCUUUGCUAAAGGGCUACUAAGAGAGCCGCCUUUUAAUUCAAUGUCCCCGUACAUGUCAUCCCAAUCCAGAAUUCGUGAGAGGACAUCUCUUAUUUCGCAUUUAUUUGCUAUUUAUUGGAUAUUGGACUGGUAGCUAUCGAGUUGAAAUAAUUCUUGAAUUCGGCUGCAGGACGAUAAACGCCAUCAUGUUUAACUAACUAGCUCAAACUCCCAGCUCAAGCGGCUAUCGAGAAAGUAACAUUGCUUUGAACCUCUACAUAUAUUCAACUUCUAGGUGUAUUAUGUAAGUCAGCGUAUGCAUAGGCGUACUUUAUGUUGCUUAUGCCUUGUUGUAUAUGAGGGUUGGGCCCGAGCCGUCGUCUCACAGGGCCUGUCGCACAAUAUGAGCCACCAUAGGCGGUACGAUAUACUUUGGCAUCUCCCCCUGAAUGAACAGAGGUGAAUGUUACGGUGACAAGGUGUCAGCUACUGAUCUUGCAUCCGAUACACCUUAAAUAUUACAUGGAAAUACGGAAUAAGAUCUGUAGAAAUGCUCUAACCCUAUCUGAAGACUAUUUAGGUGGAUUUUCAAGACCACAGAGUAUAGGGGCUGGGAAACCAGUACCGAAGACAAGGAGCUCGCCUUCUUGCAGAUAGGAAGGAUAGUAUCAUUCGAGAAAGGCCUUCUUGCGAUGACGAACGGUCUUAUCUUAAUGAUACCUGUCAGGAUCUUGCUGCUUCGACCAAUGGAUAAAUGGAAAUGUCUAGCAGUGGUAGUCUGCUUCGGCGCAGCAUUUUAUCUUUGUCAAUGGCUAGUGACAGUCUCGUUCUCAAUUUCGCUAAUACUUUUCUAUUUAUAGAUUUCUAUCAAAUAUACAAGAUGAGGAUCAUUGCCAAUGUUAGGGUGUAUCUAAACUUGGACGGCAGAAAACGGAUUCAGUGUAAGCUGCGUCGGGCGUUUGAUAGUACGUGUAUUAUUACUGGCUUUCUCCACCUACCUAAUGGAAAGGAAACCCG